AUCAUUUCUGGUUCCUCCUCGUCGACGAUGGAUAUCCUGUAUUCUUAACCUGAUGUUGUGUGGCUCUUAGGCUAGGUUUGGGCCUGGUUUCCCCGCCCAAACUGGAAAUCUGCCCGGGGUGGGGGUGGGGGUGGGGUAGCUGGGCCCUAGGACAAUUGAUGUGGUGCCAGGUAUUAGGGAAUGGGUUAUUUGCUGCCUACGUGGCUUCAAUUAGUAGCUCGGGAUGAAAUUGCUCUUUCUCGCCUGCCUUAGUCCUCCGACUGGGAACAGGACCACAGCUGAAAGAAUAAGUGGAUAUAUACAAAGUAGUGGCCAUGUGUGUAUUCUGAGAGAUAUUGCCGAAUUUAAAUCAUCCUCCCAAGUCUCAGACUUAAUCACUGAGGAGAAAUUUGAAGCAGUGUUGAUGAUCCAUCUCUACAAAGGAGGAAGGUUGCUUUUAGACAGCAGCGUCCCAUAUGGAGUUAUAUUCGGUGGAACAGACAUCAAUGAAGAUAUCAAGGAUGAAAAGAAGCGUGAAGUUAUGGGGGUUGUUCUGCAAGAAUCCAGGUUUCUGGUGGCUUUCACAGAUCAGAUGAAGAAAAUAGCAGAGCUGCAUUGGCCAUUCGCUAGCAGUAAGAUUCAUGUGCAGCCUCAAGUCCCAAGGUAUGGUCAAAAGCCUCCAAAUGCAAUCACACUUCAAUUUCAAGGUGUUGUGACCAAGCCUUGCGCAAAAUUUAGCUGGGGAGAAUUUCUUCAAAAUUCAGGGGUUCAGUGCAAGAACAUUGACCCGUACAUCUUUCUUUUGGUGUGUGGACUUCGGCAAGUCAAAGAUCCCCUCUUUUUGGUGGAUGCUUUUUCAGCUUGGCAUAAGAAAGAACCACGGGUUCAUUUAAUUAUUAUUGGACCAGAGGUUGAUGCACCGUUUACACAACAGGUAGAAGCUAAGGUCAAGAGUGCUUUUGGGGUCUAUCUAGUUUCAGAGAAACCCCAGGAAGAAUUACAUGCUGCCAUGAGGGAUUCUUUUGCUGUAGUAAACAGUUCUAUCUCUGAAGGAAUGUCUUCUACAAUUCUAGAGGCGAUGGACCUUAACGUUCCAGUGCUGGCAAGGAAUAUACCUGGAAAUAGAGCAAUAGUAAAGCACAAAAAUACAGGACUUCUCUUCUUUGAUCCACCACUGCCUGGGGAAUACCAACUUCUUCAGAAGAGAUUUAAAACAGCUGGAAAUAUGAGGGAAUUCAUCGAAUUAUCAAAAAGACUAAUCAGUGACACUUAUUUGAAGGAAAGCAUUGUGGCUAAAGCCAAAGAAUAUGUAGAGAAACACCAUUCCUGGAAUACAGAAAGGGAGACUUAUUGGAAGCUUACCGCAAACCUGCUUUAAAUGGCAUCAGCCAAGUUUAGCACUUGGGUACAAUUGUUUAAAAUAGGCAGCUUUCUGAUGGAACUGCAUUUUAUAAUGAAUAUUAUGGGGAUUAUGAGAAUGAAUUUUAAAAGGGAAUGUUAAAAUCAUUUUCUGUACCCUCAUGGUUGAUCAGGUAAUAUUUUACAGCAAUAGAUAAUUUAUACCUAGUGACCAGAUUCUUGACUGAGAUUUAGCUUGUGUGACUUAUAGACUUCACUCUCUACCAGUGCAUUUUUUGUUUGUUUCCAUAAUCCCUGUGUUUUAAUGAAUUCCAUGUCACUGCAAUAUUGUCAUACGCAGCACACAUCAAGAAAGUCCCAUCUUGCUGGUCCUUACUUUAAUAGCUGGUAUUUUUCCUGAGCUCUGCACUUCCAUGGUUACUUAAGCUAGCAAACACAACCUUAUUUGUUUUCUUGAAGUCAAUAUUAAUGGUAAUCUAGCUGUAGCCGGACACCUAUUCAACAAAACAAAUGGGAAGGGAGGAAAGAAACAGCAUUGUUUUUUAAAUUCAAUUGUGAAUCAUUUCAGUGCAGUAUUAAUGAACAUGUGCAUGCUCACACCAUGAUAGCACAGUAUGAAAUCCUACACACUAUUAAUGAGAUCAAGAUUAAAACAGUGUUAAUUUAGUGAGCUACUGAAUAAUAUUUGCACUGCUAAUCAUGGUGGUGCGUUAUUUGUCAGCAGUCUCCUGAUAAUGAAAUUUAUCCCUUGAACUCCAUCUACUUUCAAUAAAUCUCAUUCUAUUUUGUGCUUACGAACCUGAGUUUAGUACUGGUAUCAAAAGCUACUGUAACAUUUGGAAAUAACAGUGGGACUUGAAACAAAACAGGGAGCACUGCAAAUAAACAACAGGCCAAUUAGCACUUGAGAAAAAAACUGGGCCCGCAGAGGCAUUUUACCCUAAACACUAACCUAUCUUUUUACUUGACAGUUGUUGACUAAACUGUGUAUUUCUGGACAUUUAUUUUUUGGCCCAGAUUUAGUGUUUGUAAUUGUUUGGUGACCAAAAUAUUCACUUGAGGGCUUUUCUUUUUGACACAUGCAGAUCUUCUAGUACUCCUCCUGUCUGCAUCUCCCUUUGAGAAAAAAGUCCCACCAUCUUGUCAACCUGCAGUUUCCUUAAUAGCUCGCAUUUAUUCUAAUAUCUACACAAAUAGAGUUUCCUAAAUACUGUAAUUCAGUAGUAUGUUGCUAUUGUGGAUGUUAAUCAAAGUGAGAAGCCUUUCAUUCAGUCAAGACAUCUAACUUCCCACAUUUCAGUAUUACCAAAGAAAACAUAAAAAAUCACUAAAGGUGUUUCUGAGAAUGCCUGAUCUCUUUAAAAACUGCAAGCCCUCAAAAAAUGAUUUAAGCUCACAUUUAUCAAAUGAAAUAUAACUCCUUUAACUGGUCUUCAGUCAUCCAGCUGAAGAGUUGCAGUAGAUGUGCACCUGAACGUUCGACAUAUCAAUGCUCAGGAGUUAACAUAUUGCACUACCAUCCCUAUUACCAGCCUCUAAACAUCAGCUAAAAUCUGGCUGCAGAAACUUGAAAAUACAAUUGCUUUGGCACAGAUCUGCAGAGUUAAUUUAGGGACAUUGGAUGUCUCAAGUAGGUGUUGGUGUUGGAGGUCAUUCUAAAUCCACCUACCAAAUAAAGCCUGGGAUGUCAAUAUUAGUUUGAACCAUUGUAACCCAAAUUAAGUGGAACCAAAUAGGCUGAUGGUCUUUAUAUUUAUAGCAUAGGAUACACUUUAAUUCUACUCUUAUCAGGAGCACUCUUUCAGCCUUUUGCCUUAAUGUUGACUUUUAAGAUCAAAAGAACUGCAAUGACUUUCCCAGUAAUUUGUUUAUAACAUCGCUAGCUCAGAAUUGCCAUUCUGCAUGAUGGAAUUUGGAUAGUAGCACUUGAUGUUUGCACCAUUUUUAUAUAAUUAGUAAACUGCUGGUUAUUGAACAAAUCACUUGAUAUAAUCUUCAUUUUACCUUCAACUUGAAAUAUAAUCAUUCAGAAAUUAGUCAUUAACUAUAUCUGCCAUUUGAAUAAUAAAACUAUCCUUAGAAUGUUUAAGAAAAAUGCAGAAAUGUUCCUAUAAAAUUAUGUACUGGUGCAGUAAGUCUCCUGUUACUUUAUUCGUGGCAUGCAUUGGUUGAAGAAACCAAUAUUCCAGUCUAUAAAUCUCACCAAACAUUAAAGUAACAUGGUAAGCUUAGAUCCUCUGAUAUACAUAUUUCCAGCCAUUCUGGAUAGAGAGUUCACUUUAAGCUAAGUAACAUGUGACACUGUAAUACUGCCAUUAGCUAAUUAUGGGAUCAAGAGGGAAGUAAAGAUGUAAUGAGAACGGAAAAGGAUGGUUUGGUCACGAAAGUGUAAUAACUCUUAUAAUAUUAUUGUGAUUUAUUGUAAAAGUAGGUUAAUAGUAGGGUUUGGGUAGUUUCCCUGUGAGUGUGUGGGAUUUAAUUGAAUUGGAGACAGCUGAUCUGGAGGCUUUGACUCAUCAAAAGAAGCUAAGUUUGAAAUGCUAAAUACAUAAACAUGGCUGAAGUCUUAGAAUAUGAGUUGAGGAGAAUUUGCACUUUUACCAAUCAGGGUAGUUUGAAUUUCAAAGAGAUGCUAGAAUGUUGCACCUAGCCAGAGAAGCUAGGCCAAGCAGUGUGUUUAUUUUUCCCAAAGAUUACUGAUAACAUUAGCACCAUGAAUAGAUUUAUAUUAUGAAAAAAGUAAAGUUCCAAAGACAUAUGGGAACAAUGGAAUUUACAUUAAGAGGGAGAACCAUGCAUAAAGGAUUGUGGCUAUAUGUCAUGGAAGGCAUUGUAAGAUCUACCAGAAGUUUUGCACAUUAAGCCUGCUGUCUACAGAAACCAAAGCUGGGAAAAGCCAUUUUGAAUUCUACUGUCCAGAGUAUUGUGGUAACGUGCUGGCAUCUAUUUAAAAUCUUAUUUUUUAACUGUUGCCUUAACAGGGAUGUAACUGGAAGCCAGAUCAAUUAGGGGUUUUAGGACUUAUUAUAGUAAUAAUUUGUAGACCUAUGUCUACAAAUCUUUUCUUUUGUUAAUAAAUGUUUAAUUUAGUUUUCUGAAAUAAUCUCUGAAGUCUUGAUGGGCUUAUUACUUCAGAAUUCAGGGCACAGAUCUCGAAAUAAAAUACAAAUUGCAAAACUGUUGUGACCAUGUGAUCAAGUUUCCCUUGUGGAUUUGAUCCACCUGGCGGAUCUGCUGUGUCAUAACAGGCUUUCACACCCAUAUUUGCACCUGGUUUUCAAUAGAGGACAAAAUAAUGUGCUUUAUUUUUAUAUUGGAGUUGUGGUUUAAAAAUAUGUGUAUUCCAUGAUAUAAGAUGAAAGUUGUGGAAGUAUUUCUCAAUAAAAAAUGUUUUUGGACUUGAAA